ACGGGAGGAGUGGGAUGGGGACUCGGGGUCAAAGGUGUGGUGCCUCUCGUACCUUGCGGCAAGUCUGACUGUCCGCCUUCCUCGUCUCCAUCAGGGUAUUGUCCAGGUCGAAGAACACCGUGCUCAAGGACGAGAGGGGCCUCCGAUUGUGUUGAUUGCGGAACGCAGUUUCCAUAUCGCUGUCCCCUUCGAUCUUCCGUAGCUUCCUGCUUCCUAGCGACUGCGCUCCCAAAUGACGACACGUGUCGUGUCUUUCAUAAAUUUCAAUACCAUCGACUUAAGAAUAUAUAGACUAUUAGCCGUUCAUAUUGAUAUGAAUGAAGGGGGGAGGGAGUUUAAUUUGUUUGCGCGAGAAGGAAACGUCAUCACGGAUGAUCUUGCAUAUAUUUAGCGUUCUAGGUUGUAUUUGAUGAGAAAUCAAAAAUUUUCAUGCUGCGCAUGUCACACGAAGUUUCAAACAUUUUGGCGGAAAAGUGUAUUUGUGAAACGUUGACAGUGAGGGUGAGGUGUUUUUCGGCAACAGGUUGUCAGGACACAUUAAUUAAAAUGGUAUCGACAGCGUCAGCAUUAACGGCGAAUGUGCAAACGGAGGAUGAGUUAGACGAUUAUACUCCGGCAAAGCUGAUCAAGGCACUAGAGAAAAAUGGCAUCACAGCUGGGGACAUCAAAAAGCUGCAGGAAGCCGGUUAUUAUACCGUUGAAUCGGUGGCAUAUGCUCCAAAGAAGGAUAUCGUACUCAUCAAGGGCAUCAGCGAGGCUAAAGCGGAUAAGUUGUUGGAGGAAGCCUCCAAGAUUGUCAUGAUGGGCUUUAAAAGUGCUACAGAAAUACAUCAGACACGUGCAAAUAUUGUCUAUGUUACCACUGGUUCUAAGGAAUUGGAUAAGCUGUUAGGUGGUGGAAUAGAGACUGGGUCUAUUACAGAGAUCUUUGGAGAAUUCAGAUCAGGAAAGUCCCAGUUGUGUCAUACUCUUGCUGUAAAUUGUCAGCUACCAAUUUGUAUGGGUGGCGCAGAGGGAAGAUGCCUCUACAUAGACACAGAGAAUACUUUCAGACCAGAAAGAUUGGUGGCAGUUGCUGAGAGGUACAAGAUUGAUGGAAAAGCUGUUUUGGAGAAUGUCGCUUAUGCCAGAGCUUUCAACACCGAUCAUCAGACUAAGUUACUAGUUCAAGCCAGUGCUAUGAUGACAGAGGCUAGAUACGCUUUGUUGAUAGUCGACAGCGCGACUAGUCUCUACAGGACUGAUUAUACCGGCAGAGGCGAAUUAUCUGCCAGACAGACUCAUCUAGCGCGAUUCCUCAGAAUGUUGCUACGACUGGCAGACGAACACGGGAUUGCUGUUGUUAUAACGAAUCAGGUAGUUGCACAAGUUGACGGAGCUGCUAGUAUGUUUGGUGGCGAUCAGAAGAAACCUAUCGGUGGUCAUAUCUUGGCACAUUCAAGCACAACCAGAUUGUAUUUGCGUAAAGGCAGAGGUGAAAGUAGGAUAUGUAAAGUAUACGAUUCACCUUGUUUACCAGAAAGUGAAGCGACCUUUGCAAUAAACCCAGAUGGUAUAGGUGAUGUACAGGAAUAAACUUGUCAACUGAAUAGUAUAAGAAAUAUAUGCAAAAAAAAUGGAA